AUGGAUCUUGACCUCAUCAUCCAAAAUGCCACCAUCGUCACAGCCACCGAGAUCCUCCCACCGGGUCUUAGCAUCGGAAUCAAAUCUGGCCAGAUCGUCGCCAUUGCAUUUUCUCUUCCAGCGGAUGCAAACACUCAGAUCAUCGACGCAGAGGGCGCGUACGUGACCCCUGGAGGCGUUGACUCCCACGUGCAUCUACACCAAGAUAAUGCCCCUACUGGCGACAAAUGGCUCUCAGGAUCUCGCUCAGCGCUAUGUGGUGGAAAUACGACGAUUCUCGCGUUUGCAACUCAACAGAGGACGGACGAGAGUUUGUUUCCCGUGCUGGAAGAGUACCAUUCCCGCGCAAGAGGCCAGAGUUAUGUGGAUUACGGGUUCCAUUUGAUCCUCACUAGGCCAAGUCCCGAAAUCUUAGGCCGGGCGGUCAAAGCAAAAGUCGACGGUGAGGCCGAUCCCGGGAAUGAGGGAGAGUUGAAAAGACUGGUCGACGAGGAAGGCAUCACGAGCGUCAAGUUGUACAUGACCUAUCCGGCGUUCAAAUUGGGGGAUAAAGACAUGCUCGAGCUGAUGAUGCGGUGCAGAGAAGUGGGCAUGACGGUUAUGGUGCAUGCUGAGAACGCCGAUAUGAUUGAUAUGAUAACGACCCGUCUACUCCAAAACUCCCAUACUCUGCCCAAAUACCACGCCCUUGCGCGCCCUCAGAUUGCGGAGUCGGAAGCCACUUAUCGCGCCAUUUCGCUUUCCACCCUCACAUCCACGCCAAUCCUCAUCGUCCACAUGUCUAGCCCGGCCGCCCUGUCCCAUGCGCGGAAAGCGCAAUCAAAGUCAAUGCUGCCGAUCCACACCGAGACGUGUCCACAUUAUAUGUAUCUGCUGUCGGACAGGCUAGCGACAACCAAAUUCCCCGUCAUCGACGAAGCCAACGGCGUUCACAGUCAUGACCAUGGGGAUGCCGAGGACGACGAAUGGGCAGGCGCACGACACGUCUGCGCCCCUCCCCUGCGCCACGCCGACUCCGACCUGCAGAGCGUCUGGGACAGCGUGAACAACGGGACCAUCACGGUGAUAUCCUCCGACCAUGCUCCCAGCCAAUACCACCAUCCCGCGGGAAAGCGAAAGCCACUGGUCGAAGCGCAAAAGACGAACUCGACGCCCGCGUUCGCCCAGAUCCCCAACGGCCUUCCCGGCAUCGAGACCCGUCUCCCCAUCCUCUUCUCCGCCGCGACAGACCCGGACCCGUCCAUCCCACCGACCAGGAGACUGACACUGCCCAAGUUUGUGGAACUCACUUCGACCAACCCGGCCAAGAUGUACGGCCUCUCCGGCCGAAAGGGUAGUAUCGCCCCAGGCUACGACGCCGACUUGGUCAUCUGGUAUCCCCCGCACCACUCUGCCACCACCACCACAACUGCAUCCGAUGGAAAGAUCAGAAUCACAAACGAAAUCCUGCACCACAGCAUCGACUACACGCCCUUUGAAGGGUUUCGCGUGUCCAAUUGGCCCAGGUACGUCCUCUUGAGGGGCCAGGUCAAGUGGAACCGCGACGUUGAGGUCGCUCAGGGGCCCGGCGCGGGCGUCUUGGGAACCCCGAGCGACGGGAUGUUCUUGAAGAGGGGGAAAGGUGAGGUGCUCGUCGGAAGGAGUGGGAUGGGCAGAGAGCCCGAAGGCAUGAAAGUCGGGGAGAGGAGUGCGUGGUUGUAG